AUGCAAUAUGUUGGAAGAGCUUUCGGAUCUGUAUCUAAGACUUGGUCAUCGAUUAAUCCAGCUACAUUAUCCGGUGCAAUAGAUGUUAUUGUUGUUGAGCAUCCAGAUGGGACUUUAGCAUGUUCUCCAUUUCACGUCAGGUUUGGGAAGUUUCAAAUCUUGAAACCCUCACAAAAGAAAGUUGAAGUUCUAGUAAAUGGUAAAUCCACUAAUGUGCCGAUGAAGCUAGGUGAAUCGGGUGAAGCGUAUUUUGUGUUUGAAACAUCAGCUAAUGCAGAUGAUAUUCCAAAGGAAUUGUUGGAUUCGCCUGUGAUUAGUGCAAGUUCUAGUCCAAAUCAGUCACCGGUAUCAACUUCACUCGAUUUGAAUAAUGGGAUGGAAGAUGAUGCAACACAAAGGAUAGAUUCGCAUAAAUCAACCUUUCUAGAUUCAGGAAGCCCCGUAAUUGACAAAUUAGAAGAGCCUGAUUUCCUUGAUAUCAAUGAAUCUACUGAAAAUUUUGAUAAAGAAGAUAGAACUUUGAAUAAGAAAAAGACUAAAACUUUUCAAGAGAAUCUGAAUCGUAAAUUAACUGAGAUUCACAUACCCAGUAAACUAGAGAAUGAUGGUAGUUUACUACUCGAUAUUGAAGGCUAUAAGCCAAAUAAAGAAAAAGUGCAUGAUACGGAUGAGCAAUUAAAAAGUAUCCUGAAAGAAGAACUUGGUAGUGAGGCCGAUAUUUCGAACUUCAUACAAGAAGAUGGGAAGGGUAACAUUAAAAUUGUGAAUCCCUUCGAAAACAAUAAGUCACCGCUCAUGUCACCACCUCAGUCUCCAACGAUGAGUGGAAAUACGUCUGAGCUUGUUAUGUCUCCUCCAUCGCCAGCAUCGGCGGAUUCUACUUUUCAUGCAUCCUCAGAUGAGCUUGAUUCAAGUUCUCAGAUAUCCCAAGAUGAUGAAGAAAAAAACCGCAGAUUUAUCAAGACAAUAAGGCUAAGUAGCGAUCAAUUAAAAUGCUUGAAUUUGGUUUACGGUGAAAAUGAUCUCGCAUUUUCUAUAGAUCAUGGUAGGUCUGUGAUAACAUCCAAGCUUUUUGUUUGGAAAUGGGAUGUCCCGAUAGUAAUCAGUGAUAUUGACGGAACAAUCACUAAAUCAGAUGCAUUGGGUCAUGUUUUAGCUAUGAUUGGGAAAGAUUGGACUCAUCAAGGUGUCGCGAAAUUAUUCAGUGAAAUAGCAAGAAAUGGGUACAAUAUAAUGUAUUUGACAGCAAGAAGUGCUGGUCAAGCUGACUCUACCAGAAAUUAUCUGCGCUCAAUCAUUCAAAGUGGGCAUCGGCUUCCUGCAGGACCAGUUAUAUUAUCUCCAGAUAGAACCAUGGCAGCUCUAAGGCGUGAAGUAAUUCUAAAAAAGCCAGAGAUAUUUAAGAUUGCAUGUUUGAAUGACAUCCGGUCAUUAUAUUUUGAUAAUAUAGAUUUCCACACAGCAAGAGAAUCGCAAAAACUUGAAGAUGCAGGUGGAACAAAUGAGAAGAUCUCUGAUGCUAUUGAUAAAGGGCAUACUUUAACAUUCUCGGCAACCAAUACUGAUGAUGAAAAGCCAACUCCUUUUUUCGCUGGCUUUGGUAAUCGUAUUACAGAUGCCCUGUCCUAUCGUACUGUGGGUAUACCAAGUUCUAGGAUAUUUACGAUUAAUACAGAAGGUGAAGUACAUAUGGAACUGUUGGAAUUGGCUGGGUAUAAGAGCUCGUACAUUCAUAUAAAUGAGCUUGUCGAUCACUUCUUCCCACCAGUUCUACUUAAUGCCGAUGAUGACAUGAGAAGUAUAAGUUCUUUUACACCGGGUUCCCCUGUAAGUGGGACUGUUGAUGGUAAAAUGGGGAAUAUUAGUUUUCAAAGCAAUGGGCCUGAUGAUGCUUCAAAGCCGUAUUUCAGAAGUACGCAAGAAGAGAAAUUCACUGAUGUAAACUAUUGGCGAGACACAUUGUUGAGCACAGACGAUCUGCCUGAUCUCAGCUCCGAUGACAACUUAGAUGAUGUAAACGAUACCAAAGCAGCUACGACAUCGACCGAAAACGAAACUCCGAAUAAGGGAAAGAAAAAUAACGCAGACCAGAAAUUGAUGUCUCAGCAAGGAGACAAAAUUGCAACCACUACCAAUGGUACAAAUAUAUCUAAGAAGGGCCCUGUUGAUACUGAGAAAAGUGGUCACAGUAAUAAGACGCACGUAUCACCGGAAAGCAAAGAGAUUGGGAAGCGUAUAUACCUACAUCUAGGUUCGCCACUUACAUCCCCGGUGAAGACGUACCCAGGUGAAUCUAUAUUAGAAGAGAUGAGUGCCCUCACAAAGAGAGCCUCCUCACCAUCAUCAAGUGUCACCAAGCUAAAUGUACUUGACGAUGCUCAUGAUGAAUAUAACCACGACUCUGAGUUAUCAGAUGAUAAUAACGAAGAGGACGAGUUUGAUGAGGAUGACUUUGAGUAG